AAUGGUAAAAAAGAGAAAAACAACAACGACGACGGCGCGACGGAAUCACAUGUGUAUUAAGAAAAACAGGAUGAAGAAGAAAACCGAACGUUUUUACGGCGGCUACGGCAGCAUCGUCGUCCGCACAGACCGGUUGCAUCGGUCCGACCGUGUGAACGUUUUUUGCUCGGCAUCGGCGGUCGUGUACGGUUAGUGCAUUCGAACGCGUAAAAAAUUCGUAAAAAAGACUUAUAAACGUAACGUUGUAGUGCGCGCGGUACGUCCACUCGUACGGCCAAAGGUAUCUUCUCACGUGAAAUAUAACGAUGUUAUUUUAUUUUUCCGGACGCUGAGAUGACGACAACUCCGAUCGUCCGCAGCCGGAGUCUACCGUAAUAUUUUGUUCCAGAUGAGACCGGAAAACGGAGCCGAUACAGCCGCGGAUAGGUGACGACGACGACGAGAUCCCGGAGGCGAACAACAAGCAUGGUGAUGCAUCCGAGUGGCGACUACGGCGGUUACGCGGACUGUUACCAGCAAAACGGCGGCCAUCAUUUCUACGAGAGCAUCAAGAACGAGCUGGAAAGCUUCCGGUUGCGGGGUGCGGACGACGGUUUUUCCGCGGCCGCGGCCGAUCUGCUGUUGAACGACGACACGAGCUCGAUCGCGUCCAAGAAACGAAUAGACAGCAUGUUCAGGACCACCGCGUCCGCGGCCGGUGAUGAAAAACGGACGGCGAACGGCCGCGCCACCGCAGCCGCCGCCCGCCGGACCAGGUCGUUGGCUGCGGACGGCAAUUAUGGGUACGCGACGGUGACGGCCGGCGCGGCGGACGCCGACGAUGCCGACAACAACAAGAACAACAAAAACACGGUACAGGAGAAGAUCGAGAAGAUGUUCGCCGAGAUCAGUUCCUCGGAGCUGGACACGGACGUGUCCAUGGACUCGGCCGUGCCCAGCAACAAGUUCCACGUGCAGUACAUAGGGUGCGCCGGGCUGAUGGGCAAGAUAUCGUCGCUGGAGGGGCUCCAGCAACCGGUCCGGGACAUGUAUUUCGGUUACCGGGAAAACCAGCACCAUCGCUACCCGCGAGACGACGACGACUUCGGCGACGGAAAACGACGCGACUUCUCCGGACUCCUAGAGAUAUCGGCCACCGGGUUGAGCAUACGGUACCGGGACGACCGGGGCGACACGGUGCACCGGACCAACCCGUUCCCGACGAUCGCCGUGUGGGCGGCCCUGAAGUACGUGUGCCGUAAACGUUCGUCGCACCCGCAGCGCAGGACACCGCAGCCGUCGGCCGUCGCCGGGGGCUACGAGUACGCGUUCCUGCCGCUGAUCGCCGACCCAGACGGUUCGGACAAGGCGCCGCUGUUCCGCGAUAUGGACGCCGGCGACCGGGCGCGGUUGGACGCGGGCGGCGACCACGCGCCCGUGUUCGCCGUGGUCACGCGUAAGUCGGGCAAACGGCUCGAGUGCCACGGAUUCGCGUGCGAGACGGAGAACGACGCACUGCUGAUGGCGGCCAACCUGUACGGCGCGCUGGUCGCAGCCAUGUCGUCGGCCGUGGAGGACGUUGCUACGGCCGUCGGGGACGCGGACGCCGGGGCGGCCGAACAACAGCGAGCCUUGACGUCCACGCGCCGCGUCAUCCGGCAGCGGAACGGGUUCACCAGCAUGAGCAGUACGGCCGGGUCGAGCGUGUGCGGCGGCGACGUCGCGUCCACCCCGCCGCCGCCACCGCGGCCGCCGCGCAGGAACAAGAAGUCGGUGUCGUCCGCAGCGUCCUCGGUGGCGGGCGACGCGCUGUUGUCCGCGGCCGCCGACGACGUGUGCGGCGACGCCAAAACGUUCCGGAUGACCGUCAGACAGUCGCCGUCGCUGCGGCGGGGCGUGUGCAACAGCAGCUCGCCGCCGGUGACGGUGGACGUGUCGAGAUCGACGCGCAACGACAGCGGCGGUGACAUACUCACCAAAGUGGCCAUACCCAGGAGCAAGAGCUUCCUCAACUCCAACGGGUUAGCGUCGGCCAAGUACUUCAGGCGCGCGGCCGGCUUCGGGUUCGAGACGGCCGCGGCGGAUAGGCGACGUCGCCGUAGUAACGGCAGCAGCGUAAUGGGAUUCUCGGACAUGUUCAACGAGUUGCGCGUGCAGGAAGGCCUGAACAACAUGGACGACAUAUUGAACGCCAUCAUAAACGUGGAGGGCAUGUCGUAUAACGAUCUGAAGCCGAUCUAUCGAGAGUUCUUGAUGAAGCUGUCGAUGACGCUCACUAAAGACGAGCUGUACCACCGGACCAAGGCGAUAAUGACGAAACAGAAGCGCAAACGGAACAAGCAACGGCCCACGGUCGUUGCGUCGGUGGCCGGGCGCGGACGUCGGUGGAACGACAAGCUGCGCGUCACGUUAAACCUGCGGGCGGCCAGGUCGCGGAUCGGUGCGGUGUUCCUGCCGGACUUUUGCAAACGCGACAAACGCGAUCGAACUGCGGCCGAACAACAACGGUCGUGCCCUUGCAACACCUCCGCCGCGAUGCACCGCCACUUGUCGUCCGCGACGGAAGUACGACCGGCAAACCGGAAGUCGAAACGGCGUGCGGUCACGAGAAAACGGUCCGUCGCGCCCGCGGUCAAAGGCCGCCGACUCGUCGCGUCCUCCCCGACGUGCAGCACUUCGGAUGACAGCGAUUUUUUUGCGGCCGCGGCGUUGCGGCAACGACAACAGCUCUUACAGCAACAACAGCAACAUCAGCAGCAGCAGUUGAAGCAGUCACCGUACCGGAAGUCCAAGACACGCGGAGACAUCAAGUGCGCGAGCGGCUCCGGUCGCAGGCGGACGACCGCCGCGACCGUAGGGGCGCCCGAAGCGAGCGGCUGCCCGCGCCCGGCGUCCAGCGGUUACUUCAGCUGCUCCGAGUGCAGCGCGGGAGCGGUCGAGGACAAGUGUUAUUGCGGCGCCGGUGCCGCGGAGCUCGCGUCGCUGGUGUCGUGCAGCUGCGACUCGGACAGCUGCGCGGACAGCGACAAGUGUUACUGCGGCAAGCCGCGGCGGCGUCCGCGCAACAUAUUCGACGAGCUGAAGAGCCGCGGGUUCGCGGCGUCCGAGUCGAGUGUGUCGCGCGCCGACUCGCCCGGCACCGCGUGGAAGAAGAACGAGCUGCUCAUGCUGCUGCAACGGCACGACAGCGGCCCCGGCGGCGGGUCGUCCGCAUCUGCGGCCACGGCCGGCGGUGGCACCCGGUGCGGCGUCGAGUCGUCCAAGAGUAUCGAGUACCUGCAGGUGGCUCGGCGGCCGGUCGUCGACCAGCACUACUCGAGCGUGGUCAAGCCCCCCGCCGGCGACCGGAUGAAGCUGUACGGCGCGUCGCCGUCCAACUCGUCCAUCACCGCGGCCGGCUCGUCGUCGUCACCCGCGUCCUCGCUGUCCGCGGCCACGGUGUACUCGUCGUCGUCUGCCGUGGGCGUCGGUCACCUCGCCGGCAGACGGCGCCGGUCCGGUUCCAGCGGUUCCGACAACUUUCGGGCCAUCGACUACACGCUGUUCGCCACCAACAGCGGUGCCGUCGGUGCCAAGUCGCGCGCGUCCGGUGCAGGUCACCGCUUGUUGCCGCCGUCCAUCGCGUCCGCGAACAAGAGGUCGCUCAGCUCCGAAGCGGUACACCUGUCCGGUUGCCGGGUAUACCAUCACGGCCAACCGCACCGUCACCAGACCAAAUCGGCCGCGGUCAGGCGACAUUCCGUGCAACACGCGGCCGACGACGUACUGUCGUCCUUCUUCAAAUCGGACAUCGAAAACUCGUUGGGUUACUAUCCGUGACGCAUCGGACCCACCGUCCAGACCCUCCCACGCACAACAGAAGCUCUUUCGGGUAGUGCACUUGUUGAUUUCUAAACCAUCGUAGGCACUGCCUUCAGAUAUUAUUUUGAUUUUUACCGUCGUGAAAAUAAUGCGUUUCCUUAGACUUCGGAUAUCUGGUUUUCGCCAACCGUAAUGAAAGCUAUAAAGCGCACUUGUGAUAAGAGACACACGUGUUUCCCUAUGGGGAUGUUUUGAACACGCAAUUUUUUACAUAUUUUUUCACUGCGACUUUUUGAAGCAUCGCUUUUAAAUCGUCUACAGCUCACGGCCACACAAAUAACACUAUUGGAAGUAAGUUACUGUAAUAAUUGUUUUGAUUAUUACGUUUUUCUUUGGUAUAACCGACUAUAGUCGUGUAUCAAUAUUAUUGCUAAUGACGAAAUACAAUUAAUGAGCAAACAAUAUAAUAAACUAACUACUUUUGGUAACCGUAUAAAUAUGAAGGACCCGGCUACUUGGACUAAACUAGUUUACUACCAGAAAAAUUAGAAUUAAAUUGUUGUCUCGAGAGUUUGGAAUGUUGGGAUCCAAUCCAAAAGCUUUGUUUUAUUAUAAUUGUAUUUGUAUAUUAAUUUGUCGUUAAUUGGUUUAUCUACGAGUAAGAUUUUAAUCACUUUUAUUAUUUUUUCUUUAAACUUGAUCUAGCGUAAUUUUAAGUUAAAAAAAAAAAAUUAUUUGAUUAAAUUAUAUUUACUUUAUUACUAUUUUGAAGUAUUGGAAAACUACAUUUCACUAUAAUAGUAUAAUGUAUUGUUAAGACCAUUGUUUUUGUACAUGCAACUCCAUUCGCAUUGUAAUCUCGGUAUAUAAUUUAAUAGUUGCUAAGGUGAUUUAUUGUUCGUGUGAUACUUACUGAAAUAUUAUUAUUAUUCGAGUGCAAUUUAGU